AUGUCAAUUAAUCGGGAACUAAAAGAAACGUUAUGCCCAAGUGAACGCAAUAGGAUAUUGGAUAUCCAUAGAAGCACCAGUAGUUUCAUUGACCAACACAACCAAUGCUGUCAAUUGUUGGUCAAUAUUAACAAAAUGAUAGCCAAAUGGAAAUUUGCUGAACUGUUUUGUUUAAUGCCAUUCAAUCUGUUGUGUUGGCAUCAGGUGUUGUUUGAGGACAGUAUUGUUGUCGGAAUUAAAAUGGUUAUUGUAUUCAUAGCAUUGGGUGAUAUGUUUUACAUAUUUGGUCAUAAUUUUGUAAUGGCUUAUCUGUCCAAACAAAUGCAUUUAAUGGCCAAACCGUUGCCAACAAUUCAGUGGCGUCUCAAGCGAUGGCCAUUUGGUGCCCGAUUUAAACUACAAGUAAUGAUAUAUUUUGAACGAUUGUCGAGUAAUAGUAAAACAAUUGUCAAUACAACAUCGGGUUUAGUGAGAGGACAAACAUUGCAUAUCAAUAAUAGUGUAUUAGUGGGAAAAGUUGACCAAUUUCUUGGUAUACCAUAUGCCGUACCACCGAUUGGUGAGUUAAGGUUUGCUAAACCACUGCCAAUCACUACACCGGCAAAGAAACUGAUCGACGCUACUAAACCAGGGUUUAUAUGUAUGCAAAUAUAUGCGGAAAAUUUGAUUAAAAUUUAUGGAAAUUUUAGCUCACGUGAGGACUGUUUAACAUUAAGCAUAUGGACAACAAACCGAGAGAAAUCAAAGUUAAAGCCAGUUAUGUUUUGGAUAUACGGCGGAGCGUUUACUAGCGGCUCAACAUUUGCACCCAUUUAUAACGGUUCGGCACUGGCCAUACAUGAUGUGGUUGUUGUGUCCGUAAACUAUAGAUUAGGUAUAUUUGGGUUUAUAUUUGGUGAUCGAGAGGACGCUCCGGGAAAUGUGGGUUUGUUUGACCAACAAUUGGCGCUCCGUUGGUUGAGAGAUAACAUACAUCAGUUUGGUGGCAAUAGAGAUCAGAUAACUAUAUUUGGCGAAUCGGCCGGUAGUUGGUCUGUCUCGGAUCACAUACUGUCACCGCUAUCUAAGGGACUAUUCAGGAGAGCUAUUAUGCAAAGCGGUGCACAAAUGCAUUACAAAGUUAGGCAAACUGUUAAUACAACGGAAAACCUAUUAAUUGGCAAACAAUUAGCCAAAGAUUUUAAUUGUAGCGAUAGUGAGGAUUGGAUUCACUGUUUAAGGAAAGUCGACUCGAAAUUGUUGGUCAAUAAAACAAUACAAUUAUUGUUUCCUUUAGAGAGCACACAGUUUUUGCCAAUUUCUGCAAUCGAGGCGUUCAAACAAAAUAAGUUUAAUUCAGAUAUAGAUUUAAUUGCUGGUAUUAACAGAGAUGAGGGACAAAUUGCAUUGUUUAAUAACAUUUCAAUGACAGUCGAUUUGUUUAAUUUAAUGCUAAAACAAUAUCAACAACAAUAUCACGGCUUUGAUGUCCAAAAAGUGUCCGACUUUUACCUAAAAGGUAUCAACAAAACAAGUUCAGAAUCAUUGAAGCGAGCAUUGGGUGAUAUAAUGGGCGACUUAUUGUUGAAAUGUCCGACAUAUAUGUUUGCCAAACAAGUGGCCAAACUUGUGAACCCCAACAAUAAUGUGUACUUCUAUGAGCUGACAUACAUGAGCCAGUAUUUUGGUAAACUAAUGAAUUGCGAUCCCAAGAAACAGGGCAUAUGUCACGGACAGGACCUGCCCAUAGUGUUUGGCUUACCAUUACUAACACCUGAACUAUACUCAUCAGAAGAUAUAUUAUUCAGUCGUGAAGUACAACAAAUGUGGACUAAUUUCGCAAAGAAUGGCGUUCCUCAUACUCGAUGGCCUAAACUAUUAAGUGAUCCAAUGGUCAACAGUACUAUCAAAGACUUGAAUCCCGUAAAUGAGACCAAAAUAUUUCAUCAUCUCUUUGACCAAACGUGUGAUAGUUUUUGGUAUAAUUAUUAUCUUUAA